ACGCUUGUCCGUUCCGAGAGCGACGACUUCGUUUCAGAGCGGAAUCAAGCAGUCGAGGGUCACGCCGGUGCUCGCAGAUUUAGAAACACUGUCAGCCGUGCAAGCGCGCGCAGCACGGAAGUAUCGCUUUACCAGAGGCGUGUUACCGACAUCUGUUUGCGGGGAAGCCGUGUUUCCGUCGCCUUUCAGAGGAAUGCGCGUGUAAAAAAAAAAAAAAAAAGGAAAAAAAAAAGAAGAAAAAAAAAGGCAGCUCUCCCCGUAUCCGCGUGUUCACCUGCACAAGCGCGAGCUCUGAUUAUUAUUGUUUUAGAGGAGAACUGUGAGGAAUCCUGUCGCGUGCGUCAUCUACAGCGGGGAUUGCGUUUGUUUAGCGCGUGAGCGUGGAGUGCAAGUGAUCAUCCCGUUGCUCAUCCGAGGAGCGACGCGGUAACCUAACGUCGGCACCGGGGAUUGCUUCAUCAACAGCGGAGAAACUAAACCUCCCGUUCCAUUUCUCCACUUCAGAGGGAAAAAACUGUACAAGACAAACCGGGGAAAAUGCCGCUCGCGCAGCUUGCAGAGCCAUGGCCCAAAAUGGAGCUGGUGCAGCUGGAGACGGAGAAUGGACAAAGCACAGCUGAAGAUGGAGUCACUCCAGGGGUCAAGAAAGUGUGUGACAUCACGUGGGUGGAGAAGGACUUUGCCAAUAUUAACAGGAAGGAAGAUGAUGUCAUCAAAGAGAUCAACAUCACGCAUGUGGUCAAGGAGGGGGCAGAGAAGGCGGACCCCUCGCAGUUCGAGCUGCUCAAGGUGCUUGGACAGGGCUCCUUCGGGAAGGUGUUUCUGGUGCGGAAGGUGACACCGCCUGACAGCAAUCAGCUCUAUGCCAUGAAGGUUCUCAAGAAGGCCACACUUAAAGUGCGUGAUCGUGUCCGGACUAAAAUGGAGCGAAACAUCCUCGCAGAAGUCAACCACCCAUUUGUAGUCAAACUGCACUAUGCCUUUCAGACAGAGGGGAAGCUAUAUUUGAUUCUGGAUUUUCUGCGGGGAGGUGAUCUCUUCACCAGACUGUCAAAAGAGGUUAUGUUCACGGAAGAAGACGUGAAGUUCUACCUGGCAGAACUGGCUCUGGGUCUGGAUCAUCUGCACGGCCUUGGCAUCAUCUACAGAGAUCUAAAACCUGAAAACAUCCUGUUAGAUGAAGAGGGGCACAUCAAACUCACAGAUUUUGGGUUGUGUAAGGAAUCCAUAGACCAUGAGAAGAAGGCCUACUCCUUCUGUGGGACGGUGGAGUACAUGGCCCCCGAGGUGGUGAACAGGCAGGGCCACAUCCACAGCGCCGACUGGUGGUCAUUCGGGGUACUAAUGUUUGAAAUGCUCACAGGAUCUCUGCCAUUCCAAGGGAAGGACCGUAAGGAAACAAUGAACCUCAUCCUGAAGGCACGGUUAGGGAUGCCCCAGUUUCUAAGCGCUGAAGCUCAGAGUCUGCUAAGAGCACUGUUCAAGAGGAACCCCACCAACAGACUAGGCUCUGGGCCAGACGGUGCUGAGGAGAUCAAACGUCACUCCUUCUUCUCAACCAUUGACUGGAAUAAACUUUUUCGUCGAGAGAUCAAGCCACCAUUUAAACCAGCCGUGGCUCGACCAGACGACACCUUCUACUUCGACUCGGAGUUCACCUCCCGCACCCCCAAAGACUCCCCCGGUGUUCCCCCAAGUGCCGGAGCUCAUCAGCUCUUCCGUGGCUUCAGUUUCGUGGCCACGGCGCUGCUGGAAGAGGAGGGCACAGAGGAGCCGGCUCAGCCCCCUCCCCACCCUGUGGUCCAGCAGCUGCAUGGUAAGAACACUGUGUUCAACGAUGGCUAUAUGCUAAAGGAGGAUAUCGGCAUGGGAUCUUUCUCUGUGUGCAAGCGUUGCAUUCAUAAAGCCACCAACACGGAAUACGCAGUCAAGGUCAUCGAUAAAACAAACACAGAUCCUUCAGAAGAGAUUGAGAUUCUGUUGCGGUACGGCCAGCAUCCCAACAUCAUCACAUUGAAAGAUGUGUAUGAUAAUGGAAAGUUGGUUUUCCUGGUGACGGAGCUGAUGCGAGGCGGUGAGCUGCUUGAUCGAAUCCUCAAACAGAAAUUCUUCUCUGAGAGAGAAGCCAGCGCUGUGCUGCACACCAUCACCAAGACUGUGGAGUAUCUGCACUCUCAGGGGGUAGUACACAGAGACCUGAAGCCCAGUAACAUUCUGUAUGUUGAUGAAUCUGGAAAUCCAGAGUCUCUGCGGAUCUGUGACUUCGGUUUCGCUAAACAGCUCCGUGCAGACAACGGCCUCCUGAUGACUCCCUGCUACACGGCUAACUUUGUCGCUCCUGAGGUGUUGAAGAGGCAGGGUUAUGAUGAGGCGUGUGACAUUUGGAGCUUGGGAGUGUUGCUGUACACCAUGUUAGCAGGUUUCACUCCUUUUGCUAAUGGUCCAGAGGACACGCCAGAGGAGAUCCUGGGCAGGAUAGGAAACGGACAUUUCACGCUGACGGGGGGCAACUGGGACGCGGUGUCUGACGCAGCCAAGGAUCUGGUGUCUAAGAUGCUGCAUGUGGACCCACAUCAGAGACUAACAGCAAGGCAGGUGCUCAAACACCCAUGGAUUGUGCAGAGAGAUCAGCUACCCAACAGCCAGCUGCAGCACCAGGAUGCCAAGCUCGUCAAGGGGGCAAUGGCUGCCACCUACUCAGCCCUGAAGAGUUCCCAGCCAACCCCUGAACUCAAACCCAUUGAGUCCUCAUUUCUCGCCCAGAGACGUGUGAAAAAGCUACCCUCCACCUCUCUGUAGAUACACAGAGAGCACUAUGGAGAGAGAAGGAGAGCACCACUGAACGGAACAAAAGCAGUACUGUAUGAAAUCCUCUCUGAAGCUCUGUGGACUGAAAACGCUCUCUUCACCUCGCACGUGCCAUCAGCAGGCUCACGGAGCUUAGACAAGCUGUCAAUCAGAGUAAACAGUGGCUGUGAUUGGCAGAUGGAGAUUGGAGUGCUGGGAUUUCAGUGUUCCAUAAAGAUGUGUAUGUGUUUGUCCGUGUGUGUGUGUCCGUGUGUGUGUAGGAGAGUGCCAGAUAGAGAUACAGGCUCCUAUUAGGAAGCAGUCAGUAUUGGUGGCCUGUUUGUGGUCCUGCUGUUCUGUUUCUUUCAUUUCUGUUUAUUUGUCUAUGAUGUGGGUUUUUCCUGUACGCUUGCUUUGUUUAAUGUAAAUGGCUAAAUCAGUUUGAUCAUGACAACGAGUCUGGAACACAAAGAGACUAUACACAGACUGGGAAUGUUUGAAACCUUUUUUUUGUAUAUCUACUGCUAUGGAUAUACAAGCAUGAGAGUUGAGACUCUGACCAAGUGCAUUAUGGGUACCGGGGGUAGUUUUGCAUGACUGCUGAAGUGUAAAAUGCUGUGUUGUUGCUUCUCCAUGCCGCACAUUGCUUUGUGACGCACUUUUGCACAGGGUUCGGGCUGUUCCAGUGUGUUUCCUUGCUUUUUUAAUUGUAUGAAAACAGGAUGAUGAUGACGAUGAUGAUGAAUAAUUAAAUCUCCCAAGCUGAGGCUCUGUAGUGGCAUGCUAAAGUCUUGUAUUCUUUGACGCUGUGAUUUUUCUGGUUAUUGACUGCUGUCAUCUGUGUUUUCAUCGUUGGUUGGUUGCUUAUGAUUCUGUUGUUCAUUUUUUGUUCAUUCCGUCAAAGAAAAGUAAAAUAAUUUUAUAAAAGCAUGCUGAGCACAAUUGAGAAAAAGGCCAGAGAAGUGACUGCAGGUCUCUUUUUUUUUUUUUUUUUUUUUUUUUUUUAAAUAAUCUGUUCCUUUUGUGUUCAGAUGCUAGUCGUGUAUGGAUUGGUAAUUAGCUGUCGCACACACUUUUGAAAAAGAGGCUUCCUUCCCAGACUCAAGUAUCUGAACUUGUAUCUGAGUCUCUGAUGAUCUCAGAUGAGCUGCAAAGCUGCAGUGACAGUCACCAAACAAAAGACAUUGAAAAAAAGGCGUUGCUAACUCCUCCCACCUCUCCUCGUUUUCUGCUAAAUGUAGACACCCACAGGCAUAAACACACACUGACUUUAGGAAGGACAUGCAUGCUGUCAGAUUCUAUAUUUUGACACAGACAUUUUCAAAAUCAUCAUCUGCCUACUGCUACAGUGUUGAAACAGUCUGAAAAUAGUCUGAAAACGAUUCACAGGUUUAGCUGUCAUUUUGACCAGGCACGAGGGAGAGUUUGCUCACAGACACAUAUUUUCACAUUUUGCAUAUUUGAUACACAUUUUCCAAAAACAUUAAUUUAGGUUGUUAGAUUUCUCCCAGAAAAGUGCAUAGUUAAAUUGAAUCAUUUAGGAGUGAUUCAAUAUGAAAUAUUAUAUAAUGAAGCAAAUGGCUCAGAUUGAAAAUUUAAAUAAUGAAUCACUAUAAAAUUGGUUCAGUUUAGGUAAUGAAUGACUUCUGUAUGACUCCCUUAUGAGCCUCUUACAAAUAGCUGUUUGCUUUUCAUACUGAAUUGCUUAUCACUAAAUGACUCAACUGAUUCAGUGAAUCACUAGCAAAAGACACAAUUAGAUGUAGAUAUUGAAUCACUCUUUAACAACUUUGUGGUCAUUAUACUUAAAUGAAAGAGCAGUGUGAGACAGAGCAGUGUGUGACAGCUGGUGGUGUUUCAGGGCAGAGUAACUAUGUGAAGCUCCUUUGUUCUGUAUAUGUUGUUAAAGUAUAUUAUAUAUAUAUAUUUUCCUGUGUUCAGAAGAGAUUUGUUUCUGAAAUUUGGUCUAAAACUUAUUUCCUUCUAUAUGCUUCAGAGAUUUGAUCUAAUGUGGCACUUGCUUUCUUCAUGUCUUCUGGAAAAAAAAGGCUAAAAUGUCUCUUUCUUUACUUUUGGAAAGAUGGGGAUUUAUUUGAUGUGGGCUGCUGAAAUAGGUUGUAACACUGAUCCUGGGGGGUGUAAGGUGCUUUUCUGUGUGUGUUUGUACGCGUGUGCACGUGUUGUUGGGAUAACCGUCUUCUAGAGUGUAUGUUCUUGUUCUUUGAAGAACCAGAGUCAGGCCUGUGUUCGGUUCCUGAUGCCUUUCUAUUAAACUCAGUUUUUCUGCCCUCCACUUUGUCUGUCCCUGUUUCUGCUUCUGCUUCUGUUGCCUUUCUGUGGCUCAAACUUGUACAUGGAGUCACAUGGUAUAAUCUGCUCUACCAUAUGUGAAUCCAUGUUGCAUGUAGCCUGCUCUUUCUUCAUUUUAGUGAUUGUGUUGCAAUUAACCAGAAAAAAGUAUAAAAAUUAAGAAGAAAAAAUAUAGCCUUCCAGCACUUCCUGAGACAAACCAAAGGAAGAGAAAAUACACAGAUAGUAAAGCACAGGAUAAGACUUCACAUUUAUCAGCACAUUUUGAUAUUUAGUCCUGUUUUUACUCAUUUGGUGCUUUUAUCCAGUCUGAUUUAGCACGAAAUCAUACAGUUCCUUACAGUUCAACAACUUGAUGAUUUUGCCCAUUGCUGGACUCAGGAUUUGAACAUUAUGUGCCAUCACUUUUAAACAAACCAAACUGUUGUUUAUUCACAUUUGAUAUGAACUCCUCAGAACAGAGACCAAGUGGCUAAGGGACUUCUGAAAAAAUCGCCUCAAAACCAAAAUGUCUGUCUGCUAUUUCUACUUACAUCCCAAAUGGAUGAGUGCAAAUUUAAAAUAGUGUGCAUAUUUAGCUCUGGUACACAUUAAAGGAAAACUCUUGCAUUUUAAACAUCUUUAAUCUACCACAGCUGUAUAAUGUAAUGGAUGAGGGUUUUGAAAACUUUCCCUUUACUCAAAAUUCUCAUAAUGAAAGUCUAAGGCAGGGGUUGGCAACUGGCAGACUGUGGUCCAGAUGUGGAUCCAGUAUUUCAGCAGACUGAACUGAGCACUUAAAACAAAUACUAUAGCAGAGCCAAUAAACAUAGCUCAGCGCCUGUUUUCUAACAAUGAACCAUGUACUUAUGUAACUUAUUUAGCUGAAGGCAGCUCAUUGGACCAGAGACUAGCUACAGGGCUUAAAGACAUUAGCUCAGAAAGGGGGAGUUUUCACAGACUUUCAUAGAUUUUUCAUUUUAUUUAACUCUGGUCUGAAUGGCGAACUGAUGACAUGGUUAAAAAAGUCUAUUAUGAAAACAAUGUUUGAAAGUGACUGGACAGAGAAAUGUGUUUAUUCUCCCAGAUUCAAAUUCAAAACAGACGUCUCAUCUGUUCAGGGUCUGUGGCUCUAGUCAAUAUGAUAUCACGGAAGUGCCAGUGCCAAAUCAAAACAAAUACUUCAAAUUGUCUUAUUUAUUGCCAUAAGCUAAUCAACACUCAGCCAUGUUUGUUGCUUAUCCAGAUGUUUCUAAGCAAGGAAUUGUAUGUAACUGGACCUUUAUAAAUUUUAGUUGAAUACUCCUGAUCUAAGGGCACUUGUUGAAAUCUGUCAGUAAACAUUUUUGUAGAUAAAUGAAAGAAUGUAUUUUAAAGGUGUUUGUGUUUAAAUGAAGCUCUAAAUUUGGGUAAUUUUCAUUUUAAAGAUAGGAAUGCCUUUUCAUGUGAAAAGAUGGGAUCAUGCAUAGACAAUCAAAAAAAAAAAAACUUUUGGAAUAACAAGUAACCAUAAACUGGCAACUUCAUGUAUAGACACUAUAUAAUACCUAUCCAUCACACCCAUAUGUGGUUCUUCCUCAGACUGUUGCCACACAAUUGUCUAGAAUGUCUGUGUGCUGUAGCAUUACAAUUUCCCUUCAAUGCCCCUGUGCACAAUGCGAGCUCCAUGAAGACAUUGUUUGUCAAGGUUUGAACUCGAGUGUUGUGCACAGAACCCUGACCUCAACCCCACUGAACACCUUUGGGUUGAACUGGAACACUGACUGCACCCCAGACCUCCUCACCAACAUCAGUGCCUGACCUCACUAAUGCAGUUGGGGCUGAAUGGACAAAUAUCUACAGCCACACUCCAAAAUCUAGUGGAAAGCCUUCCCAGAAGAGUGGAGCUUAUUAUAACAGCAAUGAUGGACUAAAUCUGGAAUGGGAUGUUCAACAAGGACAUAUGGGUGUGAUGGUCAGGUGUCCACAUACUUUUGGCCAUAUAGUGUAGCUUUCCAUAUGAAUAUAAAGUGCUUCAAUUUUCUUCUAGCUGAAUUUGUAUUGGAAAAAAAGCACAAUUCAGACCCAAAAUGCUAAAAUUGGUGGCAAAAGGCAAAAAAAAAAAAAUCCAGUUUCAGUUUCUGAUGACUCUGAAUUAACUCUGUAUCCCUUUAA